AUGAAAAUAUUCAGUGAAAGUGAUUAUAGCGAUAUUGCAAUUGGUAUAAUAAAAAAUUAUGAAGAAAAUAAAAAAGAAAGUAUAAGAAAACUAGAUGAAAAGAAAAAUUUACUUUUCCAUAGUAAUAGUCAUUUUAAUGAUUCAUUAUUUUCUAAGAAGGAAAGUUAUUCAAAUGAAAAUAAAUUAUUAAGAAAGUCAAUAGAUAACAAUGAUGAUAGUAGCUACAAUUCACUAGUUGAUGAUUUCUAUGAUAAAGCAAUAAAAAAGUAUAAAAAAUCGAAAAAAAAAAGUACAAAUUUCAGUGAAAGUGAUAAUGAUAAUACUUUAGUUAGUGAAUCGCAUAUUAUUAAAAAAGACGAAAAUAAAUUAUUAAUUAAAAAAAAAGUAAUACAAAGAAAUAAUGAAAUUUUAAAAAAAAAUCAUAAUAAACCAUUAAUGCCUUUAUUAAAAAAAAAAAAUACCAAAAAAAAAAUGUAUAUAAAAAAUAAAAAAACAGAACAGGUAAAUCAUAAAAAUGAAUGGAAUAGUAAUCAAAAUGAUUUAGAUAAAUAUAAAUUAUCAAAGGAAGAGUUAGAACAAAAGAAAAAUAAUUUAAAAUCCAAAAACUUAGAUAAAGUUAAAAUGGAGUAUAAGGAAAAAUUAAAGCAAAUGAGACAAAAACAUUCAUUAGUUACAUCUAGGUGUAAAGAAAAUGAUAACUAUGAAGAAGAAAAAAAUAAUAGUACCAAAUUAAAUGGAAAAAAAAAAGAGAAAACAAAUUUUAAAAAAUUAAUGGAAAAUAUAAAUUUAAAAGAGAUAAAUCAGAACUUAAUAAAUAAAAAAAAUGAAAUUAAACCAAAUAAUAAAAAAAACAAUUUUAAAUGUAACAACAUAAAAAAAUGCAUUAACUCACAAAAGAUAGAAAAAGAAAAUACAAUUGGUGUAAAUGAUAUAAACAAUGUUAAUGUUAGUCAUGAUAUGCAUAAUAAUGAAAAUUACGAUUCAAAUGAUUGUAAUCAUUUUGAUAUAGAUUGUGUAGAAAGCAGUUUAGAUGAUAUGAAAAAUAGUAAAAAACAUAUUUAUCAGAAAAUUAAUAAAAAAAAAGAAAAGAAUAAUAAUAAUCAUAUCAAAUUAAAGAAAAGUAAAAUUAAGAAUAACUAUAAAGCAUGUGCUUUAAAGAAAUCAGAUGAAAUGAGUAAAAAGUUUUUAAAUUAUAUUAAUGAUAGUGAUUCUUAUGCAAGUAGCAUAUUAAAUAUAUUAGAUUAUAAAAGGGAGUUUAAUGAUAAUUAUUAUUUGCCAAGAAAUAAACAAAUUUAUAACAAUAAAGAUUUUUUAUCCUUAAAAAAAAAAAAAUUAAAUAAUUUAGACAAUAUUAAAAAAGAAUUAUUUAAUUCGGAAGUAGACAAUGAUUUAAGUACAACUUAUGAUUUUUCUAGUGAUAAAACUACGAUGGAUUAUUUUGUCAAAGAAUUAAAAAACCAUAAUGAAAACUUGUGCAUUGAUAUAAAUCCUAAUAAUAUAAAAAUGAAUAUAGAAAAUUAUAAAAUUGAAAAAAAAAUGUUUGAAGAAAAAAAGUAUUAUCCUAAUAUAGAAUUUAAUUUUUAUGAAAAUAUUUCUACAAAAAGUUCUUGUUCAAGUAAUUAUGAUUGUGAAUAUAUUUUUGAUUCUGAUUAUUCUGAACAUAUUAAAAAGUUGAAUGAUAAUUUUAUUCAAAACGAUAACAUAUUAAAAUUAAAAAAAAAUAAAAUGGAAACAUUUAAUCAUAUUAAAAAAAUUAUGCUAGAAAUAAAAAAUAUAGAUUACAAAAAUGUUAAUAUUUUACGAAGCUAUAAAAAUGAAAUAGAAAAAAAAGACGAUUAUGUUGAUAUGAUGAUAAACCAAAAAGAAAAUAACAGAUUAUAUUGUAUUGAUAGUGAAAAAUUAGGAAAAAAGGAAAAUCAUUAUAAUAUUAAAAUAGGAGAAACUGAGAAAAAAGAUUAUUAUGAACAUUUCGAUGAAAAAAUAGAAAAAACAAAAGUCUAUCCUUUAAUGGAGUUGCUAUUUAAAGAAGAUGAAGAUGAUUAUUAUUUAAAAGAAAAAUCAAAUGAAUACUAUAAAGAAGAAGAAAAUAUAAUUUUUAAUGAAAAUAAGAAUUUAUAUAAAGAGGAGGGCAUUUCUAACAAUUAUAUUUUUAAUGAUAGCGAGCAUAACUCAUUAUAUCAAAAUAUAAAUAGUUCUAAUAUGAAAAAUUCUUCAAAAAUAAAAAGAUUUUCUGUUGAAAGAAGUAAUAACAGUAAAAAUGAGAAAUUAAAUGGCAUCUCAUCUUUUUCAUCUUCAAAAAAUUCUUUUUAUAAUAAUUUGAACACAUCUAGAGAAUAUUCAUAUAAUUUAUCGAAAAUAGAUCAUGUAAAAAGAAGUAUAGAAUCAGAAAAAAGUAGUUAUAAUUCUAAUUCAUCAACAGAAUUAGUGAAUAAAAUGGAUUCGAAAUCAAAUAAUUCAGAUAAAAAUAUUAAAAACACAUUUGAUAAUUAUAGAGAUUAUUUAAAAAAAAGCAGUAAUGAUAGUUUAAUUUUUUUGAAUGACAAAGAAGAGAAAAAUUGUGACUGUGAUUCUUUGAAGAACAUCUUAUUAAGUAGAAGCACUAAAAAAAGUAAUAGAAAUGAUGAAAAAAAUAAGGAUAUAAAAAAAAAAGUAGAUAGAAGAGAUAGUAACAUAAUUAAAAAUGAAAUGAAAUAUAACUGUUCUAAGUUUAAUAUGGAUAAUAAGAGCACUCAAUUGAAGAUUCCAAUAAAUGACAUGAACAUUUGCGAAGUUUCCAAUAAAAUAAUUAAGAAAUGUGAUGAGCAAACUAUUUCAAAUGUAUCAAAUACAGAUUUAUACAAAAAAGAAAGAAAUAAUAUUUUUAAUAAGAAAAAUGUAAAUAAUACAAAAAACGCAAAAAAAGAAAAAAAUAGAAGAGAAAUUGAAUAUUCGGAAAAAUAUAUGAAAAAAAACACGGAGAUAAAAAAUUCAAAGGAUACUGUGAGAAUUCCAGUGAUAACAAAAACUUCAAAGGAUAUUACAGGAUUAGCAAAAAAUCAUGUAAAUAAAAGAACAAAAAAAUUAUUUAGUGCAAAUAAAGAUAAUGAAAUAACUAGUACAAAAAAAGAAGGAGGAAAAGAAGAUAUAUGUUCAAAUAAGGAAUAUAGACUAAUAAAUCAAAAAAUUUUGAACACGUCUCUUAAUUUCGAGGAUACUCAUAACUUAAGUGAUGAUGAUAAAUUUAUUUUUGAUACAUAUUUAAAAGAAGAAAAUACUAAAAAGAAGGAAGAAAAUUUAUCAGAAAUAAUAAAUAGUCAAGUUAAAGCUUUUGAACAAAUUUUUUUAUAA